AUGAAUAACAACAGCGUUGUCAGGGAAUUUGUGCUCCUGGGAUUUUCUCAUCUCCGUGAGUUCCAGGCUGUCCUGUUUGCUCUCAUCCUGUUGAUGUACGUGCUGACGCUGCUGGGCAACCUGGCCAUCAUCUCCCUCACCUGUCUUGACUCCCGCCUGCACUCACCCAUGUACUUCUUCCUCUGCAACUUCUCCUUCAUGGAGAUGCUGGUCACCUCCACUGUGGUACCAAAGAUGCUGGUGGACCUGCUGUCCACUCACAGGACCAUGUCCCUGGCGGAAUGCCUGACACAGUCUUUCUUCUACUUCUCCCUGGGCACCACCACCUUCCUCAUCCUCACAGUCAUGGCCUUUGAUCGCUACGUGGCCAUCUGCCGCCCCCUGCACUACCCCACCAUCAUGAGUGGUCCCGUUUGUGUGAAGCUUGUGGUGGCCUGCUGGGCAGUCGGGUUCCUCUCCAUCGUUUCCCCAACUCUGCAGAAAACACGGCUCUGGUUCUGUGGCCCUAAAGUCAUCGACCACUACUUCUGUGACUCUGCCCCACUCCUCAAGCUCUCCUGCUCUGACACCCACCACAUCGAGCGCCUGGACUUCUUCCUGUCCUUGCUCUUCGUGCUGACCACCAUGCUGCUCAUCCUCGUGUCCUACAUCCUCAUUGUGGCUGCCGUGCUGCGCAUCCCGUCCUCCUCUGGACGCUGCAAGGCCUUCUCCACCUGUGCCUCCCACCUCACUGUGGUGGUUCUGGGCUAUGGCAGCGCCAUCUUCAUCUAUGUGAGGCCAGGCAAGGGGCAUUCCACACACCUCAACAAGGUGGUGGCCUUGAUGACUGCAGUGGUGACCCCUUUCCUUAACCCCUUCAUCUUCACUUUCCGGAAUGAGAAGGUCAAAAAGGUCAUCAAGGAUGUGACCAAAAAGUUCUCCCUCAGAGACCUGGCAGCCUGCAGGUGA